AUGACCACGACACACGUCACACAUGACGUAACACGUCACCAUGAACCACAACGCACGUCAACAGUCACACAUGACCACACCACACUACGUCACACGGGUCACACCAAUGACCACACCACACUACGUCACACGUCACACCAUACACUACGUCACACGUCACACCAUGAACCAACACAACACUACGUCACACGUCAACACCAUGACACAACCACACUCCGUCACACGUUUUACCAACCCGUAAUGGCCACACCACACUACGGUCACACGUCACAGCAUGACCACAUCCACGUCACACGUCACAACCAUGAACCACACACAUACGGGAGUUACACGCACACCAUGGAACACACACAUCAGUCCAACAACGUCCCACACCAUGACACAACCUACACUUACGUCACACGUCACACCAUGACCACACCAACACUCGUCCACAGAACACAACAUGGGCCACACACAACCAACGUCACAAUAAUGGCCACACCCAGUAUCAUCGUCAACCAUGACCACACCCACCACGUCACACGUCACACCAAUGACACACACGUCACCACGUCACAUGCCAUGACCACACCAACGUCAACACGUCACACCAGACCAAAACCACGGUCACACGUCAACCAUGACCAGCACCGAACGUCACAGCGUCACAAUCCAUGCCACCACCACACUACGUCAACACGUCACACCAUGACCGACAACACUACGUACAGGUCACACCAUUGA